AUGAGCAACACGGAGCAGAUGGCUGUACCAGAGCAGGCCACAGUGUCGGCUCCAGGCUUCGUUCCUCCAUCGAUGCAGCAACGUCAGCAACAACGAGCGGGACCUCUUUACGAUGUCGCCAAGGUGGUGCGAGAUUUUUGGCCUGGUCAAAUGAGGAAGAUCGAACACAUGACUGAAUACGUUAAUGAUCUUUCACAGAGCGAGAUGCGAGAGCAUUGUAAGCACAUGGAGUUGCCGAUGGCGAGAGUCAAAAAAGUGAUGCGAAUAGAUGACGACGUUCGAUCUCAGAUGAUAAGCUCGGAUGCGCCGUUGCUUUUGGCUGCCGCGUCAGAGAUGUUCAUCCAGGAGAUCACGCUUCGUGCUUGGCAACUAGUGGAGGAAGGACGGCGUAAAACUUUGCAGAAGUCAGAUAUCGCCGCUGCGGCGAGUAGAUUCGAACACUUCGACUUCUUGAUCGACAUCGUACCUCGUGAGGAUUCAAAGAAGAUACAUGAUGACGCUGGCAACUCCAUGACCGUGACAUCAGAAGGAGUGCUGGGGACGCCUGCUCAAGUGCAGUAUGUGUUGGCUGGUGAUGGUGCUUCCGGUAAUGAUGUGUAUCAUCUAGAAAAUGGACAAGUUUUACAUGCCACUCCUAUCGGACAACCGAUUCCAAUAGGAGGUCCUUCGGCCGCGAAUAUCGACAUUAGCCAGUUGCCUCCAGGAAUGCAAAUUCUACACAUACCGUCGCAAUAG